AGGGGUAGGAGGGCGGGUUCAAACGGAACGAGGGUCGGCUGGGUGCAGCAGUCGGUGCAUACUGGAUAUUUGAGAGGACUUUACCCCUUCACCAUACGUCGAGUUGAGUCGUUUCCCUUCUGUGUGGUCCCGAGCAAAAAUGACUGAUCUCCAGGCUAAAUUCGAUACAGCAGCAGCUGAGGUGAAGACGCUGACGGCAAAGCCGACAGAUGAAGAGAUGCUGCAGGUCUACUCCCUCUUCAAGCAGGCCUCUGUGGGUGACGUCAACACAGAUCGUCCAGGGAUGUUUGAUUUCACUGGUAAAGCUAAAUGGGAUGCCUGGAAGAAGCAGGAAGGCAAGAGCAAAGAGGAUGCCAUGAACGAGUACAUCAGCCUGGUGGAGGAGCUGAAGAAAAAGUAUGGAACAUCAUAAUCACAUUCUGAAAAGCAGCUCCUGGAUGCACUGAGAGCACUGGCUGAGACCACCAUCAGCAGGCCCUCAUCCUCACAGCAUCAAACGCCUUAAAAUCCAACAAGGAUGUCCUUCCACAUGUGACUGCCUGGCGGCUGCCACUAGUGGUCCCAGUAAGAUUAAGCUGGCCUGAACAACCACUGAUGUCCAAUCAGAGACUGUCCUCCACCACAGUACCAGCAGGUUUUACUGAAUCAUUUCAAUGAUGUGUAUCUGCACAGAAUCCUGCCAUUUCCACAUAAAUUCUUUUUAAUUCCAA